AUGCCUGGCCAACUCAAGACGCUCAUCGGCAGCAUCAAGCGGAAGCCUUCCACGGCUCCGGAUGGCAAGACCGAUGCCCAGGCCGCUGCUCCCAACAGCACGGUCGCAAAGACGUCCAUCACCCACGACCUCGCUCAUCUCGGCUUCAAGAACACAAAGACGGCCGCCCAGGCCCUCACCACCCUCGCCUCGGGUGAGCCGCUAGACGACAAGGAGCUCUUGCUCGAGCACGGCGUCUCGAUGCUCCAGAGCCUCCCGCUCAACUCUGGGCUCAGCUCUGCAGUCUCGGACGGCUUCAUCGGCAUGCUCUGGCACGAUCUCCCGCACCCCGCCGGCAGCAUGGUCGACCCUGCGAUGCGGUACCGCAAGCCCGACGGCAGCGGCAACAACCCGUGGUGGCCCGAGAUGGGCAAGGCGGGUUCGGCCUACUCGCGCAGCGUGCCUCCGCUCAAGCCAAAGGGGCCCAGCCUGCCCGACCCGGACCUCGUCUACGACCUGCUCAUGAAGCGCACCAGCGACUUCCGCCCGCACCCGAGCGGCCUCAACCGCCUCUUCUUCUCGUUUGCCACGGUCGUCAUCCACGAGUGCUUCCAGACGAGCCGCAAGAACCCAUGGAUCAACGAGACCUCGUCCUACGUCGACCUCAGCACCCUCUACGGCAACACCGCAAAGGAACAGCAGCGCGUCCGGACCUACCGCGAAGGCCUCAUCCACCCGGACUCGAUCGCUUCGGAGCGCAUCAUGAUGAUGCCCCCCGGCGUCAUUGCAGUCCUCCUCCUCUUCUCGAGGAACCACAACCACAUCGCCGAGAACCUGCGCUCCAUCAACGAGCAGGGCAAGUACCGAGACUGGGACCAGCUCAGCGAGGAGGAGCGCAAGUGGCAGGACGAGGACAUCUUCAACCUGGCAAGGAACGUCAACGCCGGCUUCUUUGCCACCGUGGUUUUGAAGGACUACGUCGCCGCCAUCCUCAACACGCCGAGAGCCAACGGCAGCGAGUGGUCGCUCGACCUUGGCAAGGAGAUCCGCUCCGGCGGCAAGCGCGUCGAGCGCGGAACGGGCAACUCGGUCUCGGUCGAGUUUGCCGUCCUCUAUCACUGGCACGCCGCCCUGAGCGCGGCCGAUGACAAAUGGAUGGAGGACAUGCUGCGCGACACGUUCCCCGACAUCGCCUCGGUCGACGAGGUGACGGCCGACAUGUUCCACCAGGUGGCCAUGAAGCACGGCCGCAAGCUGCUCACCACGCCCGCCAAGGAGUGGACCUUUGGCGGCCUCGAGCGGGACGAGGAGGGUCGCUUCAACGAUGUCCAGCUCGCCGAGCUCAUCAAGGACUGCAUCGAGGAGCCUGCCCACGCCUUUGGCGCCCACGGCACCCCGGCCUCGCUCCGCAUCGUCGACAUCAUGGGCCAGCUGCAGGCCCGAAACGCCUUCAACGUCUGCACGCUCAACGAGUUCCGCCGCUACCUUAACCUUAAGGCCUACACCUCGUUCGAGGAGUGGAACGAGGACAAGGAGACGGCUCGCGCGGCCGAGAUGCUCUACGGCCACAUUGACAACCUCGAGCUGUACCCUGGCCUGCAAGCCGAAACGACGAAGCCGGCCAUGCCCGGUUCGGGAGUCUGCCCGGGUCAGACGACGGGUCGCGGAAUCCUCGACGAUGCCGUGGCCCUGAUCCGCGGUGACCGCUUCUUCACCUACGACUUCAACAGCACCACGCUGACCAACUGGGGUGCCGCCAAGCUGACCAACACGCACCCGGGCGCCUUUGGCGGUAUGCUGCCCAACCUGCUCUUCUCCGGCCUUCCCGGCGCGUUCACGGGCACCUCGAGCUACGCGCUCCUGCCCUUCUACACGCCCAAAGCGGCUGCGGGCAUCCUCAAGGGUAACAAGUCGGUCGAGAAGUACGACCUCGAACGGCCUCGCAGCGACAUGCACGUCGUCGGCGUCCACACCCAGGCCGCGUGCAAGCAGGUGUUCGAGGAUCGCGACACAUUCCGCGUCAUGUACCAGAAGGCGAUCCGGCAGUGCACCGACGGCCACGACUUCAUGAUUGGCUGGGACGACGCCUCGCGGCACGACGAGCGCUCCAAGAUCCUGCACGAGGUCUUCUUUGAGCCCAACUUUGAGGCCAAGGUGGCCGACUUCUUCUCGUCCAACGUCAGGAAGCUCAUCGAGAAGUCGUCGCUCAAACACACGUCGUCCAAGAAGCGCACCAUCGACAUUGUCCGCGACGUCACCAACGUCACGCCCAUCCUCUGGCUGGCGGACCGCUUCGCCAUCCCGCUCAAGACGGCCGAGCACCCGAGGGGCCUCUUGACCGUCUACGAGUCGUUCUCGUGCUGGCUCGUCCUCUUCAUCUUCCAGAGCUUCAACAUCCUCCCGCAUUCGGAAUGGGCUCUCAGGGACGGCGCGGGACAGCUUGCUCCGGUGCUCCGAGGCAUCUUCACCACACACCUCAAGACGCAGCGCGGCAUGACGGAGUCGGUCGUCGACUGGCUGGCCAAGGGCAGCGCUUUCGAGGUCAAGCCCGAGGCGGACCGCCUUUACCACGCGCUCAACAAGACCAAGCUGCCCAUCGGCGACCUGGUCGGCGACUGCAUCGGCAUGGGCGCGCCCGUGGCGGGCAACCUGACGCAGCAGGCCUCGCUCCUCAUUGACCUCUUCCUCUCGGAGGGCUACGAGGAGUACAAGGCCCGCAUCGUCGAGCUGGCCCAGCGCGACGACAAGGAGGCGUUCGACGAGCUCCAGGGCUGGGUGUUUGAGGGCAUGCGCCAUGCCGGUGUCGUCCCCGGCCUGCCCCGUGUGGCGGCAAAGGAUGUCACCAUCCAGGACGGUGUCCGCGGACCCAUCCACGUCAAGGCUGGCAACACGAUCCUCAUCGCCACAUCCAAGGCGGCGCUCGACCCGGAGGCCUUCCCGAACCCGGAGAAGCUGGACCCGCACCGUCCUCGCUCGAGCUACACGCUGCUCGGACAUGGCCUUCACUUCUGCUUCGGUGCCCGUCUGGUCGGCGCAAGUCUGGCGGCCACGCUCAAGGAGGUGUUUAAGCUGCCCAACCUCCGCCGCUCGCCGGGCAGCGCCGGCCGCUUCUCGAUCGUCACGCACGAGUUCGCCGGCGUCAACAUGCGCCUCUACCUCGACGCCAACGCAAAGGAGAGCCCCAUCCCUACCACACUCUCGCUCGAGUACGACUCCGAGUAG